GUGACUUGUUCAAGAAGUGAGAAUAUUUAUUUCAUACCACGGUCUACAAGUUUCCGUAAGAUCAAUGGAGGAGGAGCGGAAUGAGGAUCUUCCAGUCUGGAAAAAAGAUCUGAUCGUGAAACGAAAAGAUUCAGAGAUACUGGCGAAGAGAACUACGGAUGUUCUUGAAAGUCGUCUUCUUAGUAGAGACGAGAUAGCAAUGAACAAAACAGCUGAUAUUAUUAAAUUCUUCAAUCAGGUGGCAGAUGGCGAUACUGGCGCACAGACUAGGUUUCCUCCCCACCAUCUACCGAUAAAACCUGGCAUUAACAUUCAUCCGAAGACCAGGAAUGGAAUGUUAAAGCGAGACGAGGGUGGUGUUACAACAAGGCAGGCAGUGCGCUCUCAUAGAGAGUAUCCAAACCGGCACGACCUUUUACAUCUCACUCCCAGUCCCGUGCUCAGUACACUCCAGUCAGAGGAGUGCGGGACUUCCCGACUCCAAAAUUCACCAGAAACCUUUAGUGACUCAUUCGACAAGAAUAGACAUAUUCCUGAAUAUCCUCUAAUAAACCAGGAUAUAAUAGAAGUGGUGCAGGCUGAUAUUGUCAUAUUCUCUGAUAGCGACGAGGAUGAUACAGCAGAUAAGAAUUGUCGCUAUGUGACGAACCGUUACUCUGACGACUCUCUGGGAUCUCAACCUAUGGGGGAGGACAAGCGACUGUUCCUCAGCAAUGCGAGGAGUGAGAUUGAUCCACGAGGGUUGGGUGGGGUAGGUUCCAGGGUUCAGAGGAGCAGACUGGCAGGGAAAAGGAAUGUAGGACGAGAUAAUCUUAUAGGAGGAGGAGGGGGAGGAGAUAGCGACGGUAUGAUGGGUUCAGGAGGAGAAUCAGAUAGCUCAGAGGAGAUACAUUAUGGUCCUGGGUUCGUAUCCCGUCUCAAAUCUCGUUAUAUGUCCGUAGCUUUGAGAGGAACUCCGCGGGGAACUAUUGGUACCCUGAGAAGAACGGCAUCACUGGAGGAUUUCCUUGAGAUUGAGCGGAGUAAACAAGACGAGAACAGAGAAGCUGGAGUAAGAUCUCCGGUUCAAAAAUAUCAAUCCAGCCGGAGCAGUUAUGGAAGGAUUAACUCCUCAACAUCCGGAGUUGUAUCUCAGGCAAAGUCUAAGAGGGAGUCGAUGAAACGAGCUCAAUCUGUUGAGGUUCUAUCAAUUCUUAACGAUUCUCCUAAACCUAGAGACAGUGUGUUAUCAGAUGCAUUUUUCAAAAAUGAUAUUCUUCCUCCGAGUGAAUCCCCCCCACCUCUACCCCCUAGAGAGAAGACGGAGCAGAGUAAUGUGAACCUUGUACUCAAUACUGCUCCAGCUUUAGUUAAUGAUAUUGUUAUAAUUGAAGAGAAACCAGGACCAGGUGGCCCAACCAUUCAAACCAUUCAACCCAAACCAUCCUUUUCAAGGUCUAAAUAUUCAUCAAGUGUAACCAAACCCGUUCCUAAACCUCCUUCCGCAGGAGUUCUCUUCGGAGUUAAGGACAGAGAACUCCCUGCUCCGGAUACCGUGAAACAGACCAGGAAAUUGUUUGAAUCUGAGAAGUCUGGAUUGACCGAGAGUAAAGUGAUAGCAACCAAUGGGUUAACCAAAGCUAAAUCUACUUCCAGCUUAUAUACCAAACCUGUCAUCAAAUCUCUGACAUCGGAGAAAAUAAAAAAGAAGAACUCAGAGGAAGAUCUUCCAAAGUCAGUCCAAUCUUCAAAUGCCAUGUCGGGAAGGACGGGGCUGGGUCGGAAAACCUCGUCUAAACCCGUCUCGCGUCCUUCUGGUUCCAGGUUCACCAGCGGAGGAACCAGCUCUGGCAGUCCGGUUAGAACUGGUUCCAGAGAAUCUUUGCUAAGAUUACAGAAGAAUUCUAGUCCUUCUGUCUCCAGGCCGGCCAUACCAGCUAAACCCAGUCAUUUGUCUCCGAUAGUAAACAUAAACAAUCCUUUCAGGACGGCAUUAUCCGACGCUACCCGGAGUUCAGGAUUAAACAAUGUUCUCACCAAAGUAAGAAAAGAGAGUCCCAUAUUAAAUGAACCUCUUCCCAAUGAGGUUGAGAACGUAAGACUAAAUCUACAACCUGUAACCAAGAAAAUUCAUUCUGAAGAUACUUCCAGUAAUACUGAGCACCCUGAGUCUGAGGAAGGGACUAAGAAAAUAUCGGCGGAUUCUAUUCAAAACAUCCGCAAGGAUGGAAACGUAAUGAGUUUCAAUUUUCCUGAGUUUUCUCCAGGAUCAAAAUCUCAUCUGCCAGGUUCUCCAGUUUCUAGUACAUCACCAUCAAACAAACAGGUUGGAGUCAUUAAACCCAUCAGUAGAGAUGCAGAACUAGAUAUUCCGGAGAUAAGACCCAGAUCUGUCAUAAUUAGUCCAGACAAGACGAACAACAACAAGAAGACAGACUCAGUCCACGGGCAAUCCUGGUCUUCAAAUACUCAGAAACAUAUCAAAACUACAGUGGAACAAUCUGCUCCGGAGUUGAUUAAACCUUCGAGUUCUAAACCUGUGAUAACCAAUGGAUGGGAGAAAUCCCCUCCCGUCAUUCCUCCAAGGAAUGGAAGUAAGCUUGAACAUUUGGCUUCUCCGAAACCUAAGAUUACGGAGAAAUAUUUUGAUUCCAACAUUGAAGCUGAGCCUUCUCCUCCGGGAGCAAGGAAGGAACUGAAUAUUAGUGAUGAAGGAAAGGUUGAUGUGACCGACAAGGCUGGAGGUGGUGGAGGAUACAGAGAGAACUGGAAAGCAAGGCAGGAGAAACAAAACACUUUAGUUUUCAACUUUACUAACACUAAGAAGGAUGUUUCACACAUAGAAAACGACGGUCUGGAUCUGACAAAUAGAACCAGUAAAAAGGGUGUUGUUUAUCUUGAUUCUAACGGAGAGUCCUGCGACGGGAUCGUUAGUGAAGAGGAUUCAGAGCUCAUCAGUUCAUACACUUUCAUCGGAGCAUUCAUCACAACUGGCAAAUCUUCUAUCAGAACGAAGAAUUCAUCUAAAAAGCUGACAAUAACCUGGAAAGAUGAGACGGAAGUAUUUGAGUAUCCGUCCUUCGAGUCCAGUAAAGAGGAGGACCUGGAGCUUCCUUUAAAAACAUUAAAAUCUAAUACUCCGGUUGGAACUUCAGGAGGUUUAGGUAGUUACACCCCUAGUAAGAUCCAGAUGACAGAAACUCCGUUCCAGCUCGGAGUAUCCAGGAGUAUUCCUUCUCAUCUACCCUCACCAACUUUGGAUACUUCUCAGUCUUCUCCCUCCUCCGAUACAUAUUUACGUCCCUCCGAUACCGGAGUCAGUUGGGGAAGCUCCGAAUCAUCUGAUAUUCUCUUUUAGUUUUUUUAAAGUCUCCUUUCAAGUAUUUGAUCCUGAAACCAUCCUUUUUUUCUUUUUCUCCCAAGAUCUUGUACUUCAGGUUUACAAUUAUCCGAUAUUUCCUAUUUAGAUGCAUACCUAGAGAACACUAAUGAUCAGGCCUUGGUGAUAUAUAUGAAUCGAUUUUACAAAUUCGUGGUUUAUUGUGAACUAUAUUUCAUCAUUUUUCACAAAAACCAUUAUGAAUUAUUAACACCAGAUGGAACACUAACCAACAAAUGUUUUCAUAUUAUCGUUUCGUGAAAAGUUUUGAAUUAUUUAACAUGAUAUUAAAAGGAAUGUUUAACGUAAUCUGAAGCGAUCCUCUGUUAGAAUAUUUUGAAUUAUAAAAACAGCCUCUUACUAUUUUGAUUCAAUAAUCUUA